UCUAGACUGAGGUCACAUCUAGUCUAUCGAGGUCCUCAAAAUUUCAGGAUUGUUUAGCUGAUUAAACCAAGCUAGAGCUUGUAAUUUUUCACGCAGUGUGGUAGAGCUUCAAGGGAUGUUUCUUCAACAAUGACCUGGAGAUACAUAUUUGUGGAUCUACCAUGCUGUAUCCCCUCUUUGAGCUAGCUGCCCAGCUGAGGGUGAGCAGUGACAGUGAUAAUCAAGAACAAAGAAGGUAUCAAUCACCAGUCUUAUCUCUGGUCCAGUCCAAGAAGCCAAUUCGACCAGCCAGGAUCAUCUUCAGCGCUCAUAGGCAAAUCGGCAAUGCGAGUGUCACAGUUUUGGUUUGUAGCGUUGACUCCCUUGUCUUGAGAUACGAAGACCAUGGACAUAAACCAGUCACCAAAGAUCUGCAGUGGUUUCAGGAUCCAACUAAAGCCAUUUGUGCCAUCACCCUUGAUGCCAGUGGUACCUGGGCGGUGGUAGCAUGCAGCGAUAGGAGUCUAUAUGUCAUCCCUGUGCUAGCUCUCCUUGGGUUACCUUCCUCUAAGACGGGGAAUCCCCUCUGGAAAAAAAAUGAUGUCACCAAGAUUGAGAUUGCGGCGAACAUUGGUAAACGGCUGAUUUCAUACAUUGAAAUGUUAAUUCAAGUCAAAAGCACUAUUACAUGAUAGUACAUGAUUUAG